CACCGCUGCGCCUCCCUCAUCAUCGUCAACAUUGGGGAUAGCUCCGAAACAAGCUCCAAACACAAACAAUUGCUGCCCAAAGCUCACCGAUAUCGACGUUGCAUAAUCACGAGGCCGUUUUUGAUCCAGAUUUCUCUUCAAAUUUCUUGCACACCCUGCAGACAUGUCGGAACGCUUGCAAGCCAAAUCCAAGCACGUCUCCCGGGGUCCUCUGGAAAAUGUCGAUGCUCGGUGGACUCGAUUGGUCAAAACGACCUACACAGACCCCUUAGGUGUAGAGCGCACCUGGGAAUCUGCAGAACGGCAGACUCGUCCCGCCAAUUGCGAGAUCGAUGGCGUUGGAAUUGUCGCUAUUCUCAACAAGCCCACGGGGCCUGAAUUACUUUUGCAAAAGCAAUAUCGUCCUCCUAUCGACAAGGUCGUCAUCGAAGUACCGGCCGGUCUGAUCGAUGCCGGUGAAACGCCCGAGCAGUGCGCGGUUCGCGAGCUCAAGGAGGAAACGGGCUACGUGGGCGUGGCAGAGCUGACGAGUCCGAUCAUGUACAACGAUCCCGGGUUUUGUAACACGAAUCUAAACAUGGUCCACGUCCGCGUGGACAUGAGUUUACCAGAAAAUCAGAAUCCAAAGCCGGAACUCGAGGAUAAUGAGUUUAUCGAAUGUUUCUCCGUGCCGAUGGCUUCCCUGUAUGAGGAGAUGAAGAAGCUUGAGCGGGAGGGGUAUGCUAUUGAUGCUCGGGUUGGCACUCUUGCUGAAGGAAUGGAGUUGAUGAAGAAGUGGAAGCUGUAAGUUCUUGAGACAUGAUGAAAAGCAGUUUUCAAGUCUUUUGAUCAACUACAUAGAGUGGUUGGAUAAGCUACAGUGUAAAAUUCAAUCAGUUCAAUGAUUUUUUUCUUCAAAUCCCUAUUCUUCUCCUCUAAGAGAUCAUCACGUUAAAUUUUCCCAGCCUCUUUGAGUCCUUUGUAGAGAGCCCAAGCAGCUAACGUCUUCCCAUCUCGCAACCCUUCUUUCCAUAGAUCCUCCAGAGGAACCACCUUCAACGUAAUCUUUUCUCCAUGAUCCCGCAGCCCAGUGAGCUUGCCCUGCAACUCCUCAAUAUUCUUUCGAGGCAUACGCUUUUGACAUAAGAACAAGGGAAUAAACUCAUCACUGCCCCCAGCAGAUGGAUACAUUGCUUUCUGCAGGGAUUCGCCAUUCUCCGACGAGACUUCGGUCAAUUCCGCAGCUAGAGAGGUCAUAUCAAUCAAUUCACCUUGCUGGACCUGUAGCCCAGUCUCUUCUUCAAUUUCCUUCGCUGCACCCCCAGCAAAGGUCCCGCUAUCAUCCAGCAUACCUGCUGGGAUUUCGGCGAAUGUGAGAGAUCCAGCUGGUAUGCGAGGCUGGAUAGUUAGAAUAGCCCGUUUCCCCUUCUCCUCUGACGAGGGAAUGUCGUCCGGUUGCAGGAUGAG